AUGCCUCCAUCACAGCCGGGCUCGGCAGAAAAACCGAUCCGCAAAAUUGAUAUCGCCCAGGUUUCUCUCAGUCUGCAGGAUCGAUUGGGUCUUGCCAAACUCAAGUACCAACACGGUCGACUGCAUGGCCUGAACCCGAACCAGGAUGGCAGACCCGUUCUUGAGAGUGACAAGCCUUCCGACUCUUCAUCCGAGUUCUCACGCACCUCCACCUACUCCAAGGAACUCCCUCGAUCCGCCCGCAAUAAACAUGCUGCCACCUUCAACUCUCGAGUCAUGCAGCCCAUGCUCUCUGCCAGUCGAAAGCGCCUCCGAUCUGACUCCGAUUCCGAACGUCCUGCCAAGGCCCCACGGGUCUCGUGGAAGAGUUCGCACCGGCUGCCCGAAUCCUCUCCUGGCAUGAACCGGCACCGCCCGAGCCGACGCCCACAAGCCCCCUUCAUGUCCGAGGCUACAAUCCCGGAGAUGUCAUCGCCUGUAUAUCCUAGGCCGUCAGAAGAGAUCGACCCCGACUUGCCGCUGCACAGUUUCCAGACCAUGAGCUCGGUCGUAGGCUCCUCCCCUCCACGAACCCCUCCUCCAAAACACAUGCGAUUGUCCCGCCCCCAAAACCACGAGGAUGGUGCAGAUCUCCUCUUGUACCUCGCCAAUUCUCCGACCCCAGCCCGGGUUGCAAGGGGCAACGGAAACCACGCCUUCCCACCUUCCACUCCUCCCAGCCAGCACGCAGUACUGCCAGGCAUGACACCUACACUGGGCGGUGGCAUGUUUGCCAAUAUCAGCACACCAAAUCAGCAAUUCAAUUUUGCUGAUUUCGUGAAUGUCACCCCUAGCCCAGCGCAACCAACGUGGGAUGGCCGCACCCCACGCAAUCCUGCUCGCACGCCGCUUACCAGCAACCGAAAACGAUUGAACUUCGAUGCUCUGGUCCCUCCGAGCAAUUCCAGCCCUCGACUUCGUGGCAAGGAAACGGGGUUGGCGUUACAACUCGGCGGCGAACUGCACCCAUGA